AUGGAAAAAAGUCAACCGAUGUCGUACCGCGACAAAACAGAAGAAUCUAUUUCGUGGUCGUAUCGGACGAUGGUAUGUUGGGCUAAAAGACAAGGCCUGCCCGGCAAUCUAAAGGUUAGUGAAUAAUGAUUUCAUCUCUUUUCAAUGCUCUUAUACCUGUAGACUAUCACUUAAUAUUAUAUAUUAAGCACGAAUUAAUAUUAAACUUAAUUAUAAUUAUAAUGAGUAAUGACAGUAAAAUAUAUAUAAACAAUAAAAUUGUGCUUUAAUCGAGAUCACAAAAUUUCAGUGUAAUUAAAGUGUACAGUUUCACACGAUAUGAUCAAUGAUCAUGACAAAAUUUACCAAUAUAACGAUGCCAUUAGUCCGUUAAUACGUAAUCACCAAUCAUAAUCGAUAAUCAUUAUUAUUGUCAUGAUAAAAUUCAUGACAAUAAUAAUUUAUUGUCGUUUAAUAUUUCUGUUUGGCCUGUUAUUCGGGCAAUAUAGUGCGUUUUUGGGUUUUCCCUUACUGCCUGAUAUAUUUAUAGGACACCUAACCUAACCAUCUUGACGCCGAAAACCGGUUUGUGUCCGGUUGGGAGUAUGCAGCACGCUCCUUUAUUAUUUAAAAAUCUGUUCGUUAAUCUAUAUAGCAACCGAUAAUAUUAAAGAUGAGGGUCUUUACGAUGGGGUGGGGGUCUGACUAUCGUUGUUCAACUAGAAAUUAUCGUCGUGUACUCCUGCCUGUGACAUGCAAUUUUAGUUUUAUUUUUUAGACUUCAUUUGGUCGCUGCAAAUCGUGGUUUUGCGCCAACGCGUUUUAUAUUAUUUCAAUAAAUUAAUAUCAUUAAAAUACAGCAUUAUCUUUUCUUGUGUAAGCAGAAGUUAGGCGACCAUUUACAAAAUACCAAGUUCAGAUCACUAUAGAUUGUAGUAUAAAUUAAUUAAUAUUGUGAGGCUAUUUAAUAUUAAUUUAAUGAAAUUCCUAUUUCCGCAACCCUUGUCGGAAGUUUACGAGUACAACUUUUUUUUUUAUAUGCAUUAUAUAUCACUCUUUAUGAUCCAUUUUUAUUCAUUUUUUUUUAUGCAUGUGUAAAUUGUUUAUAGAGAAAAGAAUAUGUUAAAUUAUUGACUUUGCACCGAAUGGGAUUUUAUGUUCAGUGUGAAUCAUUGGCUGCAAGUAUGAGAACCAAAAGAAAGAAUGUGAAAAAACCUGCUGCUAAAUAUUUGGUUAAUAAAAGGUCUGUAGGAAGACCGCGGAAGCCAACUAUAAUCAAGUUACAAAAAGAAACAUCUGACAAUAUUCCAAUCCAUAAGUCAGUAAUUACAAAAACACCAAAUGGACUUCAAGUGCAAAAUAAUACAAAUUUGUUAAACUCAAAUUCUUCUAUUUCAGAAGGUCAAGUAAGUGUUGUUAUAUAUUAUUCUGUUCAAAUAUAUUUUAUAUUCAAUUUUUAAUGGAACUACUAAUUUUACAAAAAUGUUUUUUUCUACCAUAAUUUUGUUUGUUUUAUUCUCUUCUUAAUUAAUAUUUCACUGUGUCAUACUUUGAAUGUAUAUAUCGGACUAUUUUUGUAUUAUUUUUAUUAUGUUAUUGAUAAUCAGUCCUAAUAAAUUGUAAGUACCUAAUCCUAGUUAUUUAUUAUUAUUUUUGGGUACUUAUUAAUGAAACCAGAUUCCUAAAUAACUAUUUGCGUGGUAUCUAUGAUGUUAAACAAAUAAAUCUUGCCAUAACAGUCUAUGAAAUAUUGCUAAUAAAAUUGGAACAAAUCUAGUCACAACCCAAGCAAAUUUUUAAAAAAUUUUUUUUCAAAAUUUGUUUUUGCCUGUAUAUUUAGUCUAAAAGAAAGUCUGAUGAACUUUGUUUGGAAGUUAUGGGGAAAAAAUUCUUAAAGUUCUAGUUUUCCGUUUCACGUAUUUCUUAGUUAGAAUUAACAUUUUUAAAUUUUUUUUUUAUUUUUCAAAAUGUAUUUUCUAAUACUUUAAUCCAUUGAUUUAAUCAAAACUUACCUAUCAUACCUACUUUUGAAGUUAUUGUACAUUAACCUUGAAAAAUAAUAUUUUGGGUGCACCUAAAGACCUGGUGGGGUCACUAGAAUUUGACGUUUGUAUCUCUAAAUCUAAGCCACAUAAAGUUAUUCUGACUUCAAUAAAAAAACAUUGUUAUCAAAAUAUCAUUAACUACAAAACAUAAUAAUAAUAAAACCUAUCAUAUUUUGGAUUAAUUCCAAAAAUUUUAUGUUUCAAGGUUAUUUAAAAAACUAUAAAAGUAAGUAUAAUAGGUAAGUUUUGAUUAUAUCAAUAGAUAAAGCAUUAAAAAGUACAUUUUGAAAAAAAAAAAACAAAAUUAAAUGUUAAAUUCCAACUAAAAAAUACACAAAACGGAUAACCUAAAUUUUAUGAAAUUUUUCCUCUUAAUUUCAAAACGAAGUUUGUCUUAAAUUUUUUAUUUAGAUUUAUAAUGUUCAAGCAAAAACAUAAUUAAAAAAAAAAAAAUAGAAAAAUGAGCUUUGGUCGUAAAUUAGAUUUAUACUUAACAGGAAAAUUAGGUUUAACUGGUUGAUUAACAACAACAUAAAAAGUACGAUAUGUGAAUUCUUAUUUUAUGCUAAUUGUUGAUAUUUUAAACUCAAAAACACACAAUUUUUGAAAAUCGUGUAUUUUGAAGUUUUUUAAUUAUAACUUUUAGAUGAAGUUUGAGUGACUUUUUUUGAAAGUACCAUCAAAUAAAGUACCAUGAAAUAACAUAUUUUGAAAAAAAAAAAUUCCAAAAAAUCAUUUGGGAGUUUAUCUGCAUUUAUGUAUUCCCAUUUAGUCUCCCAAUAUUUUAGUACUUAUAUUUGAGCAAAUUAGUCAAUUAGCUCCUUAGAUUUCUCUUCUUUUAUCACUGAUGUUUUUAAAGUUAGAGCUCAACUGGACACAGUCUUCACUGCCUAUUUAAAGGUGUUUGACUUAAUGAUUAUAUCUCCUAUUUAUAUCUUAAAUAAGUUUGAUACUGGUAAUCCUUUGUUAAAGAUGUUAAACUUUUCUCCCAAAACAUCAAAUAAUUGUGUCAUCCUUCAAGUGCCUAUUGAAAGCUUUGCUACUGGUAUCAUGAAAAAGACCGAUAGGCUUAACACUGAUAAGUGUAAAAUAUCUAUAAAAUGUGUCUUAAGAUAAUAGGACUAUCGACUUAGAAUUUAUAUAUAUACUCCAUCCCUAUUCUUUAGAUCUCAUAUCAAACAUAUUUUUUGUAAUACCUUAGUUCUUAGUUUUUUAUUAUACAGUUUAAUUAUCUAAAAAUUUAAAUUUAAUACCAGUAUUUAAUUACUUUAUUUCACCCUAGUUCAAUUUAUUCUUGAUUACAACUCAACAUUUUAAAACACUUUCCUUCAAGUUGAAAUUCAGUUAAUUGUUGAAUGAUUCUAAAAAAAAACUUUAAGUUGUGCAGGUGUUUUGUUAAAAAUUGACCAGCCCUAACAUUACUAUUAUCUUAUUAUGUCAUACUUUAAAUCUUAUUUAACUUGAGAUUAAAUCUGUAAAAACAGAUCAAAAUGUUUCACUAAAUCUACUUUAGGGUAAAAUGGAUUCACCCCAAAAACUUAAACGUUUAGACCAACCAGAUUCCAUGAGGUACUUCACAUUCUGAAUUGCCAUUAAAAUUGUUUAAUAAAUGAUCUCUUGAUCAAAUAAUACGCUAUCCUUAUUGAUAAUAAUUUUAAUAUUUCGCAUAUUAUAUUAUGUAACUUGUUAAUUUGCAGUUAUAUUAUGUACCUAACAAGGUCGUAACAUAUAAUUUUUUAAUGUUCAAUUAUUCUUGCUUAUACAAAUAAAUAAAUAGCAUACAACCACUGAAAGUCUGAAAAAACAAUCAUUUACAUUUUAAAUGUAUACUAAUUUGUUGCUAAAGAAAACAAAAUUAGAUAAAUGCCUUACACUGAAAUAAAAAUACCAACUUUUUGAUUUUAUUGUGUGCUCUAUUUUAGGGGCGUUCUUCUAGUUCUUUGGAAAACAUUGUCUAUCAUGCUCCAAUUGCAAAGACUACAAGUGAACUUCUUAGGAAUAAGUUGCUUUCAACUGACAGAAAUAGAUUUAAUCAAAUGGCAAACAAUUGUAUUACACAAAACAAUUAUUAUCAUCAGGUAUAUUUAUUAGUUUAUUAUUUUAAAUAAUAUUUUAAAUUCCAGCUCAUUUAUUAUUUGUACAUAAUUGUUUAGAUUAUUUGUACAUUUAUAUAUUCUAUUCUAUAAUUAUAUUAUCAAUUGAUUAAUAAUUUGUUAACUAUUAAAUGUGUAUUAGAGUUACUUAUAUAAUAUGUAUUAAUUUAAAUUUAAAUGUGUGUUUUUUUUUUUUAUAUAUAUAUAUAUAUAUAUAUAUAUACAUAUAUAUAUAUAGCGUAGCAGUUCAACUCCACUUAAUCUGAAAAUUGCACAUAAAGCUUCUUCGGUAAAUUGAAAAUUCAUAGAAUAGUGAUGUUAUAUAUUUUAAGAAUUUUUUAAAAUUUUGAAUAUUUUUUUAUAUUUUUGUAUUGUGAAAAUAAGAUAUAUCUAGCCAUUUGACUACUUAUACCUUAAAAGUAUCAAUGAAAGUAUUGGUUUUAUUUUUUAGACAAAAUGGAAAAAUAAUGGUGGAAAGUUAAAUACGCCUGUAGAUGAAAUUAAAUCUUCUGUACUUGUAAACAAUAAUAUACCUAAUAUUCAAGCUUUUCCUGAUAUCCCACAAUUGGCUGAUGUUGAUAUUCAUGCGAGUUUCGAGUUAGAAAACUUUAAUAAUUGCAUGUAAAAAUUAAUUAAUAUUACUAUUUUAUUCUAUAAAAUAUUGUUUGUAAAUUAUAAACUAAUUCAUUUUGCUGUUAAAAAAAAAAAAAAAAAAAUAUUUAGAAAUGAUCAGACUGAUACAGAUUCAUUAUAUAUUGAUGACUCUGACACCCUAAGUAAUAGGUCAUCAGAAGACACAGAACAACAAGAGCAGCAGGAUUUUGAUCAGCGUUGGGCUAUGGCCAAUGGAGGAUUAUCAGCUCCAUUGGUUAACUAUGAUACAUUCAAUACACUUGAUGGAGUAAAUAAAUUAUUUAAAAACAUUUUACACCAUAGUUUUUUUAAUGAUAUAUUUUUAGGGUUCAUUGUUAGGACCACAAGAUACAGUUUUAGUGCAAAAUGAUGUUAUACAAAACUAUAUAGAAACGAAUGAUGUCCAAUCCAUGCAGUUACCUGAGUCUAGUUGUGAAGUAUCUAGAACUUUACAAUAUUAUGAAUCUGCAUUAUUAACAAAUCCAUGGUCUUUUUCACAACAUGUAAUACUAAAUACAUUUAUUUAACUUGUUUUGUUUUCAAUUGCAACCUGUUAUAUAUUUUCAAUUGCAAUUGAUUGGUAGUUACAGAAUUUGAAUGGGUCUAUGAUAAAUGAACAGAUUGUGCAAGAUGGGCAAUUUAAUGCAGCAGGAACAAAUCAUACUAUAGCAGAAAUUGCAAACAUGCUUCCUUGUCCAAUUGCUGGCUGUUUAUGGUAUUCACAUUCAGCAACUUUAUAUGUCCAUCUAUUUUCUGUAAGUUUUAUUUUAAUAUCCAUUCAUAAUAAAUCAUAUUAAUAUUAUGUUUUAGUAAUGGAAUAUUUUGGUUUAACUAGAAAUAAUAAUCAUACUUGUUUGUCAUCACCCUGCCACUAGGUAACCGCUUACCACCAACAUGAAAGUAUAAUAAUAAGCUUAAUGGUUUGUUUUAGUGUCACCAAGAAUUUAUAUACUAUGGAAAUUUAAUCACACACGUAUUCAGAUGUCAAGAUAUUCAAAACUUCUGCUUCUUUACUCAUUUACAAUAUAUUCAUAAUAUCAUUUUCAUAAUCACAGUUUCAUUUGAUUGCUACAGUCAUACAUUUGUUGCUACCAUUCAAGUAUUGUAUUUUGUUUACAAUUUAUUAAAUUUUAAUGAUAAUUAUUAAUAAUACAAAUAUACGUAUGUUAACAGCAUGUUUCUUCACAUGGUGAUAAUACAAGUGUGUCAUCUACUACAGCCAUCUUAACUACUGGUUCUCUUUACAACAGUGUAGACCAACAUUCUUGGACUGGUCAAGUUCAACCUUAUAGCACUCCUUUAGAUAUAUUACACACUGAUGGUAGAUGUUUAUUCAUAGAUCCUGCCAAUUCUCCCGAGCAUGUACUUAUUAAUGUAAACCUCAGUGCACCAUUGAUUUAUUCAAAUGAUUCAAUGUUUGCUUGUCUAUGA